AUGGCGAAAGCGCCCAAACCGUACCCACCAGGGCCCGCCGCGCCGAGGGAGCACCGCCGCGGCGACAGAAACGCGGCCGGGAAACAGCCCGGCCCGCGCCGCGCAGAAACGAUGCGGCGCUCAGCCGCGUCCGGCCAGACGGAGGCUGCAACGGGGGCCAGCCGGAACAACCAGAGCCCGAACGAGCCAGCACAAGCCGAUAGAGGCCCAGCAAAGGGGGCACAGAGGACAGAAAAAAACGGCGCUAAGCGCCCAAACCGUUGCUCUGAAGCACCUGGGAACCGCCGCCGCGCCGCUGGAAGCGCGGCCGAGAAACCACCCGGCCCGCGAAACAACGCUGCGACGCCCAGCAGUGUCCGAAAGACGGAGGCUGCAAAGGAGGGGGGGCCCUCAGAAACGGCAGGAGCCCGAGCAAGCCGGCUCCUGCCUAUAGAGGCCCACGCGUUCUCCAAGCGACGGCGGAGCAGUCACGAAAACGCUCCGCUCUCGCCGAUCGCUUGGAGCAACUGCGAAGGCAUCCGCACUGAUACAUUCAUAGAAGCAAAUUCUCUUCCUGAAACAGCUGAGACUGAACCAGGGUUUGUGGCGAUACCUAAAAACUACCAGCAUAUUCUUGCCUUUGCUUUUGCUGUUAAUGAGAUCAGGAAGAGUAAUCUCUUACCCAACACUACAUUGGGAUCAAAGAUCUCUGACAAUUAUUUCAAUACACGAUAUAUAUAUCAGAACACUCUGGAGCUACUCUACAGAGGAAAUCCGAUUCAUCGUAAUUAUUUCUGCGCCAGGAAGCAGAAAGUAAAUAAACUGAUGGCCACCAUCAGUGGACUUCGCUCCGAAAACUCCAUUCACUUGGCCAACAUCUUAACGAUUUUCAAGAUUCCCCAGGUCAGUUAUGGUCCCUUUGGCCUUAUGCUGAACGAUAAAACUCAGUACCCAUAUUUCUUCUCAAUGGUUCCAAAUGAUGUUCAUCAAUAUGUCGGGAUUGUUCAUCUCCUUAAGCAUUUUGGAUGGAAUUGGAUUGGUUUAAUCAGAACAGAUGAUGAGGAAGGAGAAAUUUUCCUUCAAAACUUGAUGCCAAAGUUGUUGCAAAGUAACAUUUGCAUUGCUUUCGAAGAACUGCUUCCAAAAUUCAGGAAUUACUUAAUGGAUGAUUCAGUUCAAGAAAUCUUAGGAAGGAUAGCUUUUAACCUCUUGAACAAAACAAACACCAUCCUUCUUCAUGGGGAUCGUCAGUCUAUGGAACCUUUACGAAUACUUCUACUCUGCUAUGAAAUUGAUUACAGGCUACCAAUAGAGAGAGUUUGGAUUAUAACAUCUCAAUGGGAUGUUACAUCUGUUUACAAAGCGAAUGAAUUCGCUGCAAAAUCCCUCAAUGGCACUAUGUCCUUUGCGCUGCACACAAGGGUAGAGUCUGGAUUUCAGGACUUCAUUGACAGCAUACAUCCAUAUAAAUCGGAGAUUUUUUUGAUCGAACUGUUCUGGUGUGAAGUAUUUCACUGUUCGCUACCGUUUUUUUAUCUAUAUUACCCAAAUGCUGGAAACUGCACAGGGGAGGAGAAGCUGCGGAGCCUCCCAGAAACUGUGUUUGAAAUGAGAAUGUCAGGACAGAGUUACGGCAUCUACAAUGCAGUCUAUGCUGUCGCGCAUGCUCUCCAUGCCAUGUAUUCAUCGAGAACUUGGAAGAAAGCAAUGGUGAAAGGAGGUCAUCUCAGUGUUCAGCCAUGGCAGGUCACUCACCCUUUUGGACAUAACUCACCCAUAAGCAGCAUCUUAGCUUGCAACAACACAAAUGCCACUAUGCAUUUUUUUCUGAGGAAUGUCCGCUUUAACAAUACUGCUGGGGAAGAAAUCUUCUUUGACAAAAACGGAGACCUGGCAGGUGGCUUUGAUAUCAUGAAUCUGAUCACCUUUCCCAAUCAGACUUUCCAGAGAGUGCGAGUGGGAUGGAUGGACCCCUGGUCUCCUACAGGCAAAGAGUUCUACGUUAAUGAAAGUGCUAUUGUGUGGAAUCAGAAGUUCCAGCAGAGCAUUCCUAAAGCUACAUGUGUCCCCAACUGCCACUCAGGGUACAGCAGGAUUGUUCAGGAGGGGAAGCCCAUUUGUUGCUAUGAUUGUGCUCAAUGCCCUCAAGGGAGCAUUUCAAACCAGACUGCAGAUGCUGAAAAAUGUGAGAAAUGCCCUGAAGCCCAGUAUUCAAAUAGAAAACAGGAUGAGUGCAUUCCUAAAUUGAUCUCCUACUUAUCCUUUGAGGACCUGAUGGGAGCAGGUUUGGCUUCUGUUGCCAUUUUGGUUUUUAUAAUUACAGUUGUUGUGAUGGGGAUCUUUUUGGCUCACAGAAACACACCUAUUGUGAAAGCCAACAAUUUCAGCAUCACAUGCAUCCUGCUCUCCUCUCUGAUGCUUGGCCUUCUGUCUUCCUUCCUCUUCAUCGGCCAGCCUGGGACUGUGACCUGUCUCCUCCGGCAAACACUGUUUGGCAUCAUCUUCUCCCUUUCAGUUUCUUGCAUCUUGGCCAAAACCAUCACUGUGGUUCUUGCCUUUAUGGCCACAAAGCCAGACAGCAGGAUGAGGAAAUGGGUGGGGAAGAGACUGGCUCUCUCAGUCAUCAUGUUUUGUUCUUUGAUUCAAACUGGCAUCUGUGUUGUUUGGCUGGCAACAUCAUCCCCCUUUCCAGAAUUUGACAUGCACUCCGAGGUGUCUGUGAUCAUUCUACAGUGCAAUGAAGGCUCAGCAGUCAUGUUUUACGUGGUUUUGGGCUACAUGGGUCUUCUGGCCAUCAUCAGUUUCACUGUGGCUUUCCUAGCACGAAAGCUGCCUGAUUCUUUUAAUGAAGCCAGGCUGAUCACCUUCAGCAUGUUGAUUUUCUGCAGCGUUUGGGUGUCCUUUGUCCCAACGUAUCUCAGCACCAAAGGGAAAUACAUGGUGGCCGUGGAGAUCUUCUCUAUCUUGGCCUCUAGUGCUGGCUCAUUGGCUUGUAUCUUCUUCCCCAAAUGCUAUAUUAUUUUAGUCCGUCCAGAACUGAACACCAGAGAGCAGCUAGUAAGGCAAAAGGAAACAAAAGCCCUUCACACCUAA